GGCCUGGGUCUUGUGCAUGAAAGCACGCGCUGCAAAUUAUUAUGCGCCUCAAGUAAAAAAGACUUGACGCCUAAGCCACACUGAGUUCAAAAUACUUUUUCAUUUGGCUGACUGUCCGGUUAAACACAGCUCUCCAUGUCAAGAGUUUGUUCCUCCCACCUCCUCAUAGGCUGUUGCAUCUGCAUCGUCUUGAUUGGCGAGUCCACCAAGCUAUAAUUGUUGAGAUUGUUGGAGAUGAGUUCAGUCUGACAGUGGAUCCUAAAUAGUAACCUUCACAUAAAACGAUGUCUUUGAAAAUGGAUGACAUAAAAACUAAAACAAUCGAGACAAAUGGCGAGAUAAACUGUGAUAAAAGUUCUGUCUCGAAAUCCACGUCAGAUUCAAGGAUAGCUUGUGGUGCGUGUCUUAGACUUUGGCGCAGCUGGUUACCCAUCGGAUACAAAGAAGAAAUCGUGGAAGUUGUGAAAUUAGCAGGACCUGUGGUCAUCUCACAGCUCAUGAUCUACCUGAUCAGCUUCAUCAGUGCUGUGUUCUGUGGACAUUUGGGAAAGGUAGAACUGGCAGGAGUGUCUCUAGCCAUAGCUGUGAUAAAUGUUACUGGGAUAUCUAUUGGAGCUGGUUUAGCAUCUGCUUGUGACACACUGAUAUCUCAGACGUUUGGGAGCAAUAACCUGAAGAGAGUCGGGAUCAUUCUACAGAGAGGGAUUCUCAUUCUGCUGUUAGCAUGUUUCCCAUGCUGGGCCAUCCUCAUAAACACAGAGGCCAUCCUUCUGGCUGUACGGCAGGAUCCAGCGGUGGCCAAGCUCUCGCAGCUUUAUGUGAAGAUAUUUAUGCCUGCACUUCCAGCAGCAUUCAUGUAUCAGCUACAGGGGAGAUAUCUGCAGAAUCAGGGUAUCAUUUGGCCCCAGGUCUUCACGGGAAUAGCAGGCAAUAUUGUGAACGUACUGGCCAACUACAUACUACUGUAUGUGCUGGACCUGGGAGUGGCCGGGUCAGCAGCUUCCAAUGCCAUCGCCCAGUUCUCCUUGGCUGUGUUCCUGUUUGCCUACAUCGUCUGGAGGGGCUUGCAUAUGAAGACCUGGGGAGGUUGGUCUGUUCAGUGUCUGCAGGAAUGGGACACCUUCAUCAAUCUCGCCAUUCCCAGCAUGCUUAUGCUCUGUCUGGAGUGGUGGACCUACGAAAUUGGAAGUUUCCUGGCAGGACUGAUCGGUGAAGUUGAGCUGGGAGCACAAUCUAUAGCAUACCAGAUGGGCUCCAUUUCAUACAUGUUCCCUCUAGGGUUUUCUGUAGCUGCCAGUGUCCGUGUGGGCAAUGCACUGGGUGCUGGGAAGACCGCUCAGGCCCAGCUGUCCGGCAAGGUGGCUGUAGUCUGUGCUGCAAUAGUCUCAUGUUUUGUGGCUUUAACCAUCGGGAAUCUGAAGAAUGUGAUCGGCUAUAUUUUCACAAAUGACACGGAAAUUGUGGCCAGGGUAAAGGAUGUCAUGGUGUUGUAUGCCUCCUUCCAUCUCUUUGACUGCAUGGCGGGCGUAACGGGAGGAAUCGUGAGGGGGGCUGGGAAGCAGGCGAUUGGGGCAGUUUGUAACCUGGUGGGGUACUACUUUAUAGGCCUUCCCAUCGGAGCAUCCUUGAUGUUUGCUGCACAUUUGGGGAUCAUAGGGUUGUGGGUAGGCUUCUUGUUUUGUGCCUUUAUGCAGGCUCUGUUCUUCAUCAUAUUCCUGGUAAAACUCAACUGGAAGAAAACCACUCAGGAGGCGUUGAUUCGGGCUGGAGCGCAGCCCUCUGCCGAUGCAGAGGAGAGUGCAGCAGAGCAGGGCCCUGCCCUGGAUAAACUGGGCUCCUCCCAGGCCCUAACUCUGGAGGGCCAGGAGUGUGAGGGCUUCUCUUCAGGCAGCAGCAGGGACCUGGAGAGGCUCAGCGGGGACGGAGGGGAGGCUGAGGAUGGGGAUCAGCAGGCCCGCAGCGCAGCAGGUCAGGUGCUGUCUAUCAGGCAGCUGGUUCUGCGGCGGCUGCUGGUCACCUUCGGAAUGCUGCUCCUAUUGGCUGCGGGAAUCACUUGCAGCAUCUUGCUCCCACCCCUUCUCAAGUAAAGGGCCUGAGCCAAGCUGGGCCACGGACUGGGACAGGGACUCGGAUAACCCUGAACAGGCUGGGAUAGAGACUCGGAUAACCCCUGACCUCAGCGAGCACCACUCCACCAAUUCCCUCUGAGACUGCUGGACUGACAGACCGGUCAGAUCACAGGCUUCCCAGAAGGGGUUCAUUUAUUAUUAUUUUUAAUCUUUUAAUUGAUUCACAAGUUAGGAUGGAAAAAGUCUGAAAGGGACUUAACCUUUUUAAUGUCUUUUUUUUUGUUGUUGUUCUUGUUUCUUGUUGAUUCAUUUGUUUUUACACUUGAAUGACUCCGACAUGUUGAAAGUAAAAUAAAACCAGAAAACAGCUGUCUACUGGUUUUGAUCAAGUUUUGUUUUAUAAUUUAGUCGAUUUGCAGGUGCUUAUAUUCAAAAUGAUUUUAAAAAGUGCAUUUAGCCUGAGCAAAUUCCAGUAGAGCUAGCAAUCGUCAGAGUCUGGCGCUAUUGUAAAGGUGCAUGCAUGCCUCAAGCCCUCCAAAAUAACAGCGGAGGGUUGAUUAUAUUUAUUUCUUUAUUUAUUGUUUUUAGAAGCUUUUUGCAAGGUGGAGCAUCACAGGGCAGCCUGUAGCCUAGUGACUAAGGUACAUGACUGGGACCCGGAAGGUUGGUGGCCAAGCCCAAUACAAUCUACAGCUAUUGGGCCCUUGAGCAAGGCCCCUAACCCCACAUUGCUCCUGGGGGGGCUUAUCCCCUGCUUAGUCUAAUCAACUAAGUCACUUUGGAUAAAAGCAUCAGCUAAAUGACAAAUUACAAUUAUAAUUUAAGAAGGCCUUUUUACUCAUGUGUUUGUUCUUUCAUGUGCAAUUGCUAGUUUAGUUCAGCUACAUAUUGAUAUAGCAAAAGCCCCUGACUUGACCAUGAGCCACCAUGAACACAUUUAUGGCUCAAAUAAGAUGAGCAGUCACAUGACAUAGUGUAUGUAUUCUUCUUUUUCAAAAUAUUUUAUUUGUACAGGAAAUCACAAUUGUUUUAACAGUAAAUACUGUAUUACAGUAAGUUAAAUUAAGGCCUAUUAUGUGGUUUUUUCCUGAUUUUAUUUAUUUUUGUUCUGAUAAUUACUCUCAUCCUGUCUGGUGGUGAAGUCUUGCAAAUACCUUUAAUACUGGCACAAAGACAGAAGUGGACAGUUGGCAUUCUUGUGGUUGAAAUUGGCAAUAGUUUAAUCCUAAGAGAAUAAACACAAUUUUGCUCUUUCACCUGUACAGCAGAGUUCUAAUCGCUUGGAGCUAUACUGCUUUUCUUGUUUUUGAGUAACAGUACUUCCAGCUGGUACAAUGCAUCUACUUCUUAAUAAUUAACUUCAUUUUGCUCAAAGGAUAUUCCGUGGCAGACAAAUAGUGAGGACCAACUGUCUGAGAAAAGUCCUGAUUACUCCUUGAUAAAUUACACUCCAUAUUCGAGAAUACAAACCAAAAUUUAAACACAUUUCCAAAACCCUCAUAUGAAGUGGGAAGCUAUGUGAAUAUCUAGUUUGUUCACCAUAAAGUGAGCACUUCUCUAUUCGUUAUCACAUCCUUUAUUCCAUUCAAAUGUUAACAAAUGUGUGUUCCUAAAGCUCAACGUGCAAAUAUCUAACAUGACCAAAUCUCGAUCAUAUCUCUGUUGUCACUGUAUUAUUAGCACUGUUUCUUGUAUUGCCUGUUCAUUUCCCUUAACAAUGAUGUCUUAUUUGUAAGGAUAAUGUAUUUGUGGGAUGAGCAGCACAGCUGAUUAUGUGGGUGGGGUCCCAAGUGAAAUGUGCCAAAUGUCCAAGCCAAUGUCAAACAGUGUAUUCUCCUGUUGAUUUUGACUAUUGUUUUGAGUUGCUUGGGGGAUUGGAUGCAUUUUGAAUGGCACCGCGUGACCAGGCUGCUGACCAGGCUGCUGACCAGCUUGAGGAGGAGGUGCCAGGCUGUUGUGGCUGUGUAUGGUUCUUCCACCCACCACUGAGGCUCCUGACUGUUCAAUGAAUAAAGCAUACAAUUAGCAAUA